ACCUUCGCAUAGCUUUGCUUAAGGUGUGUUCAGCAGUCGGGCAUCUCAAAAUACCAGCUCGAUCCCCCCUGUUUGUCUGACUUCCCCGAGAGCGACCGUCAAUAUGACCAACGAGCGCACACCGCUGCUGGGUUCCUACGCCUAUGGCGACAGCGAGGAAUAUCCGUCUGCAGACCCGCACCAGCAGUUUUGCAUGCUCGUUGGUGUCCCGUCCUCUGCCCCUGAGCUACAGGGUAAAAAGCAGCCAGUACCGAAGAAGUCAUUGUAUGGACGAGUCACUCGUCAGCUGGGCAGCCAGCGCUUCACAUAUCUUGCGACUGCCUCGUUGUCUAGCACACUUCUACUGACUCAAGUCGUACUUGGGGCCGCGCUAACCGCAUUGGGUGCUUCGAGAUCCUCGCAUAUCCUGAUCACCAUCUUUGGAGCCUUGAAUACUGUCAUUGCCGGGCUGGUGGCGUAUCUGAAAUCUCGAGGCCAGCCCAUGCGUGCACGCAUGUACCGAGACGACCUGGAGCGGGUCGUGGACGAAAUCGAAAACUCCGAAGUCAUGUGGCUGGGUAUUGCACGUCAUGUGCACGGCUACGAUGAGAUUGAUACGGAUGACCGAGUGAGUGUCCGUAGCGAGGUUGCUAGGCUUACCAGAUUAUACGAUCGGGCCAUCAGGACAAAUACAAUCAACAAUCCUGACAUGUACGAGGUUGCGGCUGCUGGCUUCGAGGGUAAUGGCACAAACAUAAAACAUGGCGUCUCACAUCCAAUUGCACCUGUCCCGGUGCCUACACCAGCACCUCCAGUUGCUGUUCCUGCGCCUGCAGGAGAAGCCGCUCCUGCGACGACGCCAUCGGUGCCAGCGCCUGCGCCAGCACCUGCUCCGGUAGCUCCCGAUCCGGAUGAAAGUCCUGCGACAGCUCCGCCACAGCCAAAAGCGGAGCCAAAGAAGGGAGAGGAAAAAGUUAAAGACAACGGCCAGGACAAGAAAGAGGAUGGAGAUGCUCCAACUAAGGGAGACAGCGGCGAGCCCGCAAAGGAGGGUGAAUCGUCGCCUGAUCCAAAGAACGCUGACAAGAGUACAACUGAUGCUCAAUCGUCAAAGUUGCCGCAGCCAAACCCAAAGCAAAACGACCCGGACUCUGAGCCGGCAAGCGAUCCUCAAGUGCCACUGAAGGAUCGCUCGCCGGAUGCACCAAACAGGAAAGCAUGAUAUCUUACCAUUGCAGUCGCCAUGGUUAUUCAGUGGUUGCUUCUCAGCUAACUAAGCAAGCAUCCGCGCUCAAGCAUCAGCAAUUCCCAAAAAGUGACAUCAAAGUUCUAAACGACAAAAACUUUGCCAUGAACCCUGUUGAGUAGGGGUCAUGGUAAGUGAAAGCCGGGUUCGCAGGCUUUUUCCGAGAUCCGGGUUCGCAGGAUCAAAGGGGUUCGAAUCGAAGUCUUAACGCCCUCUAGCCCGGUGCUAGUUUGACCAGAUAAGACCUAGAAUUUUGUCGUCGAUAAUUGAAUCGAAAAGUCGACUUUUUGUGUGGAUUGAACGAGGAUCGAACUGGCGACUAAUU